AAAGGGAGUUAACUAUGAGUUAACUCCAACCAACAGAAACCAAAAAAAGCCUCUUUUUUUGUUUUUUUUUGUGUGUGUUUGAAACGUCGAAGAAACGACACCAAACAAUAUACAUAUAUAUAUACAAGCCUAUAUAUAUGUAUAUACACAUUACUGGUGUAGUUUUGUAAAUGUUUGGGAUUUAAUUUAGAUGGAAUGAAGACAAAAGCAUGGCUGAGCGUUCAUUAACAUUAACCAGAACAAACUUGGAACUGUCGGAGAGAAGUCCGACGUUACAUUUAAGGUUAAAAAAGGUAAAGAAUAGCAAGAAAGUAAAAUGGACAAAUGAUACUGUUGACAAUGAGGGCCUGAACCGAAAAAAAUCGAAAUGCUGUUGUAUAUAUGAAAAGCCUCGUAGCUUUGGAGAAUCUUCAUCUGAAGAAGACAAUGAGGAAUGCAACAGUUGUCAUGGCCACAAGAGUCAAUGCUACAGAACAAAAGAUCCCACUGGAACUGAAUUAGAAGGUCUGCCCAAGGGGAAAAUUAUUCACACAAAGAUAAUCACAGUAAAGAUGGCAAGGAUAAUAAAGAUAACGAUAAUAAUAAUUAUGGAGCAGGAGGAAAGUCUCUGACAUAGGAAAAUUAUUUUUAUCAUCCUUUUUUUGGUUUUAAUCCUACUUGCAAGUGGAGAGUAAUCAAACACUACUCUCACUUUCUCUCUCUCUCUCUCUUCACAUUCUCUUAAACAAUUAUCUUUUUUCCUAUUUUGGUUAAUUUAAAGAACCAAAAUAUUGCUAUAAAAAAAAAGAACAAAAAAAGAACAAAAA